AGCAACAAACGAAACAAACUAUGGCUGAAUUCGAUCCAGAAGCUUUAAAAAAGUUUUUUAGAGGCUUGGAUGCCACUAAAAAAGACGAUGCCCCACCAUGUCCAACAAUCAGGCCUAACAACAGUUUUUGCCCAGAAGCUGCAGAGAGUGCAGCAAGAUUUCUUCAUAAGGAUCUGAAAGGACUUGGUAUUAGUUUAAUUCCAGUAAUUCACGUUCUAACUAAUCUUAGUAAUGAGCAAAGGCAGAUAGUUAAAGACAAGUAUAACGACAUCUUCAAUAGAAAUCUCAUUGAAGACUUGAGAGAUGAUUUACUCGGAGAUUUCGAGACAAUUGUACUCUUUCUUAUGCUUCCAAGAAAAGAAUUUGACGCUCAAUGUGUAAGAAGAGCUCUAUUUCCUAACGAAGCGCAAGGAGAGGAUUAUAAGGAGCAUUGGUUAUUAGAAAUUCUAUGCGCUGGAACUAAAGAUCAAAUCAUCGCCUUAAAGGACGUCUACAAUGAAAAAUUUAAUUCACAACUUACCGAUGAUAUUGCUGCAAAAACUCAAGAAAAGCCCCAAUUACAAAAAUUACUCUUGGCACUUUGCGAAGCUGACAGAGAACAAAUUAAAUUUAAGGAUAUUGACUUAUCUCUUGCUGAAGCUGAUGCUGAAACUAUCUAUAAGUUAUGUAUAUCUAUCUUUAAUCCAACUACUUCUUUUCACACUGAUAUCUAUUUAGAAAUAUCUGUUCAUUUUGCUAUUUGGUCAAAACAGGCUACGGAAGGGAGAGAAGGUACUGAUAUGGAUUCUUUAAUAGAUGUUUUUACCAAUAGAAGUUGGGCUCAUCUAAGAGAGGUAUUUUCUAUCUACAAACAACAAAGGGAAAAAACUCCAGAAGAGACUAUUGAGCAAGAUUUGCAAAACAAUGCAAAAACCGGUCUCCUCUUUCUAGCUAAAUUCGCAAGGGAUCGUUACGAGUACUUUGCCGAUCGUAUUAAAGAAGCACUAAAUGGAGAGGUUGAUGAUGAUGAAUCAGUUUAUAGACUACUUAUAGCUAGAUCAGAGAUUGACCUUCAAAACAUAAGAAUAUCUUUUAAAGCGAAAUACAAGAAAACUCUGGUGAAAUUCAUUAAACAAGAAUUUGCGGGAGAUGUACAGAAGAUGCUCAUCAAAAUUUUGGAUCCAUUCAUUAUCUUAUAA